GACACGCUAACUUUCCUCUCUUCGUGCGAAAUUUCAACAUUCCGAACUGGAGGCUGCAAGUAAACAACACGUCCGACAUUGUUGAGCCGUAGACAUCAGCUGAUUUCACAUAAUUCCUACGUUAAUUGUUUCUCUUUUCGCUCGCGAUUUGACAAAGAAUGAUCCGAUUCAUACUUCUUCAGAACAGGCAAGGCAAGACUCGUCUGGCCAAGUACUACGUUCCUCUCGAGGAUUCAGAGAAGCACAAGGUCGAAUACGAGGUUCAUCGGCUCGUGGUGAACAGAGAUCCCAAGUUCACGAAUUUCGUCGAGUUUCGUACACACAAGGUAAUCUACAGGCGUUAUGCUGGAUUGUUCUUUUCCCUCUGUGUUGACAUAACAGAUAACGAAUUGGCUUACUUGGAGUGCAUCCAUCUAUUUGUCGAGAUAUUGGAUCAUUUUUUCAGCAAUGUGUGCGAGCUAGAUUUGGUGUUUAAUUUCCACAAGGUCUAUUUGAUACUUGAUGAGUUUAUUCUCGCUGGGGAACUCCAAGAAACAAGCAAGAAGGCAAUUAUAGAGAGAAUGGGAGAACUGGAGAAGCUGGACUGACUGGUUAUGUUGUAGUAGUCUUAGGUUAUGUUGUAGUAGUCUUAAGUACAUGUUAGAUUAUGAGUUUUGAUGUCUUUUCCCUCAUUAGCCUUUUGUGGGUUUCUUCUUUUUAAAAUGAAUUUUAAUUCUUCAUUGUCCUGUGUUUACCCAUUUUCUGCUACCAUUCCGUUGUAAUAUCUUCAAUUGAAUUUGAAAAUUGCUAGUCCCUUUU